AUGCCGGAGCCAGCGAAGUCCACCUCUGCCCCCAAAAAGGGCUCCAAGAAGGCUGUGACAAAGACCCAGAAGAAGGGCGAUAAGAAGAGACACAAGAGCAGGAAAGAAAGCUACUCCAUCUACGUCUACAAGGUGCUGAAGCAGGUCCACCCCGACACCGGCAUCUCCUCCAAGGCCAUGGGCAUCAUGAACUCCUUUGUCAACGACAUCUUUGAGCGCAUCGCUGGAGAAGCCUCCCGCCUGGCCCAUUACAACAAGCGCUCCACCAUCACCUCGCGGGAGAUUCAGACAGCCGUGCGCCUGCUGCUCCCAGGAGAGCUGGCCAAGCACGCCGUCUCGGAGGGCACCAAGGCCGUCACCAAGUACACAAGCUCCAAGUAG